CUUAGAAAAUCAAGAGGAAAUUACUAAACAUUUCCUGCUAAUGGAACAAAAGAAAUUAGUGAUAAAAUUGGAAGUGCAUAAUGACAAGGAUAAGCAGAAAGCCAUGCAAGCAGUUUCCAGCUUCCCUGGAGUGAUAUCAAUAUCCAUGGAUAUGAAGGAGAAUAAACUAACACUUUUGGGGGAAAUUGAUCCCGUUAAAGUGGUGGAUAAGCUAAGGAAAUUAGGUCAUGCGGAGAUCGUAACAGUUGGGCCGCCGGACAAGCCCAAAGAAGACGAGGCGAAGAAAAAAGAAGCCGAGGCGAAGAAGAAGAAGGAGGAGGAAGAGAAAAAGAAAGAAGAAGAGAAAAAGAAAGAAGAAGAGAGAAAAAAAGCUGAGGAGAAACAUAUUGCUGAGCUUAUUAAGGCUGGUUACAAUCCUUAUUUUACUCAACAUUAUCCAGUCCAUAGUGUUGAGGAGAACCCUAAUGCUUGUGUUAUUUGUUAAUUUAUUUCAAUUUGACUACUUUUCUUAUGUU